CCCCUGUUGCAGACAAUGCCUUUUCGUAAAGGCAGAGCUUCACUGUUUUCCACCAAACGAAAUCAUAACACACCACAACGACAAGUACGGAGUGGUCUUCAAACAGUCUAUACCUCGAACAAUAUAACGACUACCUUGGGAGCCUCACUCAUCCAAGCACAGAAUUGCAUACAACUUCAAAUCUCACUAAUGGCAGCUCUGAGUGUACUACUACUGCUUCUGAUUACAGCCCAAGUUUGCUGGGCCGCCUGUCCAGCGUCCACGGUCACAUGCGCUUCCAGGUGGGGCUGUGACAUUACAAACUUCAGAGGAUGGUGGCAGGACAGAAAGAGUUGUAGAGCAACAAGAGUCGUUUACCCAGGAAACGAAAAUGAGCUCAUCAGGGCAGUUGCAGAUGCAGUGAAAGAAGGGCGAAAGAUAAAAGUUAUGAGCGCUGGGUCACACACAUUUAAUCGGUUUGCCUGCCCGGGUGGGAAUGUGGGUGUUUUGAUAAGCACCCGGGACUACAACUCCCGGAUUAUAGUGAACAAGAAGUGGAAAACUGUUACUGUAGAUGCAGGGGUUCUGUUAAAAGACAUGGUGGAAAAUCUUGCUAGGGAAGGUUUAACCAUAGCGCAGAGUCCCUACUGGGAUGCGGUUACAAUGGCGGGGAUUAUCAGUAUGGCGGUACACGGAAGCGGUUUGUGGGGAAAAGGCGGCGGAGUUCAAGAAUAUGUUGUGGGUAUGAGCAUUGUGGUUCCUGCGCCUUCUUAUGCAGGGUAUGCCAAGCUUAUCAGAUUGGGUCAGAAGGAUGAGGACUUAAAAGCUGCAAGGAUUUCUCUGGGAGUUCUUGGGGCCAUUUCUCAGAUCACGUUUCGGGUGGAGAAUAUGUUCAAGAGGUCGGUUGCUUUGCAGCUAAAGAGUGACUACGGUCUUGAGUAUUUUGCUGUAGCGGUUGCGAGACAGCAUGAGUUUGCAGAUGUUACGUGGUAUCCUUCGCUAGGAAGAGUGAUUUACAGGCUUGAUGACCGGGUGUCGGUCAGCGUACCCGGAGAUGGAAGUAACUUGCAGAUUCUUUUCCGGCCGCAGACGGUGAAGACCAUUGUUCAGAGUAGAGCGACAGAGGAAGAGAUUCAAGCAACCAAAGAUGCAGACAAACUUUGCCAAAUAUCAGAGCAGCAACUGAAGCAAACAAUCCAGACAGGAGGCGGAUUCCUGAACGACGGCGUAAACUUCAAAGGAUUCCCAGUAAUAGGCUACAACAACAACAUGCAGUCGUCUUCCGGAUGCCAAACCGACCCAAAAGCCAAUAACAACACAAACACCUGUUCUCUCACCUCAAAAGAUCUGAAGAGCAACGACGUUAUCUGCGGUUGGGAUUCAAGAAUAAACGGCAGUUUUAUCUUUCACACCUCCGUUGCCAUUCCUCUGUCCGCCCUGCCAUCCGCCAUUACAGACAUAAAACACCUUCGUGACCUAAAUCUCAAAGCCUUCUGCGGCCUUGACUUCUAUGGGGGCAUUCUUAUGAGAUACGUUGCGAAAUCAGAUGCCUACUUAGGGUUUAAGGAAGAUACAGUGGACAUCGAAUUCUUUUACUACAGGUCUCGCCAGCCUAAUGCACCUCGCUGGAACGAGGACGUAAUGGAAGAGAUUGAACAGCUUCUUCUGCAGAAAUAUGAUGGGAGGCCACACUGGGCUAAGAAUAGGGUUUUCACCUUCCAGGGCGCUGCUCAGAGGGCAGUAAACGUGGAAAAGUUUAUAGAGGCCAAGCUGAGGCUCGAUCCAUUUGGCUUCUUCUCAAGCGAGUGGUCUGAUGCAGUUUUGGGGUGGGGAAAUGUUUUGAGAUGGCGGGACAGAUGUGCUCAUGAUGGAUUGUGUGUGUGCAGAGUAGAUCGCCACUGCUCUCCCCAACUUGGAUAUUUUUGCAGGAGUGGAAGACUUUGGAAGAAUGCACGUGUUUGCAGACAGGAAUGAAUGGAUACUCUAUAUUGAUGUUUUUCCUGAGAUUUGUUUUCAAAAUGUUCAUAUUGUUUUGAAUCUUUUCAUUUCUGGGUGACACUAUUUCUUUACCUGAUUGAUUCAGAUGGGAUGCAAAGUCUAUUCAGUCAAGCUUCUCCAGAAGAAUUUACAUACUAAACACAUUUUAUAUUGUAGAUUGCAGUGCUCCAAUUGUUUUAGUGGGGGCUGGCUCAACAGCCAAAACAACCAGCACAUUAUGCACAACACGGUGGCUGUUCAGACUGGGUAGAAGUGGUGGGCCUUCCAUGAACAGGAUGAUUUUUUUGUACAAGAGAUUUUCGCUGUUGUUUCCGAAUUAGAUUGUGUGAGAAUGUGAACGAAAAUCUCAAUUAAAAAAACUCACACCAUCUAAUCAAGAAACAACAGUCAUAAUAUAGAAUUCAAUAUUGUAGACCACAAUGCUUUUACAUAUCAAAUUAAUAGUAGUGAGAACAUAGUUGCAUUGUAUUCUUUUUAA